GCUCACACAUUCAUACAAGUAGAAGAAAAAAAGACCGACGUGUACGUGUUUACUGUUGAAAACAAAACUAAAUAUGUCUAAACAAGUGGCUGAUUUUCAGCCGUCUAGCUUUCAAUUUUAUCAAAAAGUAGCGUUGGGCAUCCUUAUCGCAGUCGUUCUGCUAUCACUGCCCACAAUAUGUCAGGGCCAAGGAAAUCCCAGUUUUAAAUACUCCCGCGAAGCAAACGAAAACUUUGAUGCAAAGCAAGCACCGGCUAAACACGAUCAUCAUCAUCAUCAUGAUGAUGAGCAUCAUCAUCACCACCAUGAGGAUGAACAUCACCAUCACCACCACCAUGACGAUGAACAUCAUCAUCAUCACGAGCAUGAGCACAAAGAGCAUCCCCACAGCGGACCAAAGGAUAUGACCAACAUUUGGCUUCACUCAAUGGGCUCAACCUUGCUUAUCAGUGCCGCUCCCUUUGUGCUACUAUAUAUCAUUCCAUUAGACAAUAGCGAGGCAAUGAAACCGAGAUUGAAAGUAUUGCUUGCCUUUGCCUCAGGCGGUCUGUUGGGUGAUGCUUUUCUGCACUUGAUUCCACAUGCAACGCAUCCACAUAGCCAUGGGGAUCACUCACAUGGACACGGACACUCGCACGACCAUGAACAUGGUCAUACGCACGAGCAUGGCGAGCACGAACAUGCACAUGCACAUGACAUGAGUAUUGGACUCUGGGUAUUAGGCGGCAUUAUUGCGUUUUUGUCGGUGGAGAAACUUGUACGCAUUCUUAAAGGCGGCUCUGGUGGACAUGGACACAGCCAUGGUGCAGCCAAACCCAAGCCCAAGCCUGUAAAGGAAACACCGCCAGCAGAUAAGAAAAAGUCUAGUGAUAAACCCACCAAGGCAGUUGCCAAAAAGCAAGACGAAGAAGGUGAAGUAGAAAUCUCAGGCUACUUGAAUUUAGCCGCAGAUUUUGCGCACAACUUUACUGAUGGCCUAGCUAUUGGUGCAUCCUAUUUGGCAGGCAAUAGCAUUGGAAUUGUAACCACAAUUACCAUAUUGCUGCAUGAAGUGCCACAUGAAAUUGGCGACUUUGCUAUACUCAUUAAAUCUGGAUGCUCUCGCCGCAAGGCCAUGAUGCUGCAGUUGGUCACAGCGCUUGGUGCUUUAGCGGGCACUGCCUUGGCGCUGUUGGGUGCCGGUAGCGGUGAUGACAGCUCAGCGCCUUGGGUGCUUCCAUUUACAGCGGGUGGUUUUAUUUAUAUAGCUACAGUUAGUGUUUUGCCCGAACUGUUGGAGGAAUCGACAAAACUGAAGCAGUCCUUAAAGGAAAUUUUUGCGCUUCUAACUGGAGUGGCCUUAAUGAUUGUUAUAGCCAAAUUCGAGUAACUUCCAGUAAAGUUCUACGGACUUAA